UAUAUACAUCCAUUUAACGUGAUUGGUUAGAAAGUUUAAGUUUAAUAAGAAUUGUGCCAAUUUAAAUUUUGAAUAUGAAGGCAGUAGUAUUGGUACGCAAAUUCGCUUGUAGACAGUAUAAAUCAGUAAAUAAAAUUCACUUUUUUUUUUAAUAAUAAAUAUGGUAAAACUUACUUUCCUAUCUUUCAAAUUUUGAGACUUUUAAAUACGAAAAAUAAUUUGGGAUAGUAUUUUCCUAAAUAUUUCACAUUCGAUCAGCAGGAAAAAAAAAAAAAAAAAUUUGGACCCCACCCUCAGAAAGCCCACUGAAAAUGAAACCCGGCUCAAAAAGUAAUAAUCCUGGCCAGCCCCCACAUGGAUCCCCACCCUCAACCAAGCCCAUGCCAAACAAAGCCCAAACACAGCCCCCACCUGCCGACAGCACAGCUCAUGGAACCUUGAAAAGUAAUUCGUAUGUUGUACUAUUAUGAUAAGCGCCACCAAAGUGACAGUUAAAAUAACUGUUUCCUCCCGCGAAAAAGCGGUUUCAUGCAUUAGUUUAUUGCCGUUAGAGAACUGGAAAGGCAAAGUUCGGCUCCCUCGUGGGUCUGUACUCACAUUCUCCACUCCUUUUCUUCUUUCUUUAUCUCUUCCACUUUCUUCAUUAUCUUUCUCAAUUUUUGUCCAUCCUUGUUUUGUACUUUCAAGCUCUGUCAUGAGGAGUCAUCGGAGAAGCUCGAGUUUCGCUAUCGGGGCGAGUGCAAUGAUGGUGAAGGAAACUGAGUACUAUGAUGUUCUUGGCGUUAGUUCCUCUGCUUCUGAAGAAGAGAUUCGAAAGGCUUAUUAUCUUAAGGCAAGGCAAGUUCAUCCUGAUAAAAAUCCGAAUGACCCUCAAGCUGCUGAAAGAUUUCAGGUAUUAGGUGAAGCUUAUCAAGUUUUGAGUGAUCCAGUGCAAAGAGAUGGAUAUGAUCGAAAUGGAAAGAAUUGCAUAUCUAGAGAAACCAUGCUUGACCCCAUGGCUGUCUUUGCUCUGCUCUUUGGAAGUGAGCUAUUUGAGGACUACAUAGGACAUCUAGCUGUAGCAUCAAUGGCUUCUUCUGAAUUAGCUGGUGAGAAUGACAAGCCUGAAAAUCUUCAUGAUAAGUUGAAGGCCGUCCAAAAGGAAAGAGAAGAAAAGCUAGCAAGAUCACUGAAAAGUUUUCUUAAUCAAUACAUUCAAGGUGACAAAGAGGGAUUCCUACAGCAUGCAGAAUCUGAAGCCAGACAGCUUUCUAAUACAGCUUUUGGAGUGGAAAUAUUACACACAAUUGGCUACAUAUAUUCAAGACAAGCAGCACAAGAGCUUGGAAAGAAAGCUAUUUAUCUUGGAAUGCCAUUUUUAGCUGAGUGGGUUAGGAACAAAGGACAUUUCUGGAAGUCACAGCUGACCGCAGCAAAAGGUGCCUUUCAGCUGCUGCAACUUCAAGAAGACAUCCAGCGGCAGCAUAAAAUGGAUGGAAGUGGCCCUGAAAAUCAUGUUGAAUCGCGCAUACGCCUAAAUAAAGACACAUUGAUGAACUCGCUAUGGAAAUUGAAUGUAGUUGAUAUUGAAGUAACCCUAAUGCACGUGUGCAACAUGGUGCUAAGGGAAAACCAUGUUAGAAAGGAAGAACUUAAAGCCCGUGCUUUUGCUCUGAAACUUCUUGGAAAGAUAUUUCAGCAUGAAAAGCAUGAACAAAGUGGAGGAACAUCGAAGAAAAAAGAUGCUGCAGAUGGAGAUGAUGAUGGAAGCACUUCUGAUAGCAGUUCUGAUGAUGACUCACCAAGACCACUUUCAUAUCGAACUCCCCUACUCACUCAGGGUUUCGGUAGACUAUUUAGAUGCCUCUGUAAUCCAGCAUUUGCUGUGGAUGAUGAAGAAAUUGUGUAUAAAAGCAAAUGACAACUUAAGGAAGGAGCUGAGUACAAGAAAAAUGCCAAAGGUCUUCUUGUUGAAAGCAGAGAGUUCUAUUCCAAUUGAGACUAGUGCAAGCCAUGACUUUGUAUUGUGUGGUCAUACAUUUGAAUAGGAGCACAUCAACGAUGCCUUUGAUAAUCUGAUUUUAAAGUGGCUUAGUGCAUCAGAGUAGAGGUGAAUCAGUCAAUUGCAAACAUAUCGGUAUUAUUAUAGUGGGAUGCAUUCUUUAAUUAGUAGUGUUGAAUCUUUUGUCAGGCAAACAAUGGGAAGAGAGCUUUGAAUUGCAUUCCUGGCUCUCACCUUCGAACUUAAAGCACUGCUGCAACCAAUCUUAGAACUUCAAAAUAUUGGAACAACUUUA